AUGCAGGAUCUGCAAUAUGCGACCACUCUGGCCGAGCUGGUGUACACGCGCUUGCCCGAGGGCAGGCAUGGCGAGGAGGUGGACGCGCUGGCGGCCAGCCUGGGCAUGGAGCGGCCCCUGGCAGACGUGACACUGCACUCCAACGCCGGGCAGAGGUAUGCCGUGGGCCACACGCCCAACACCAUGUAUGUGGCCUUCAUGGGAACCAAGUCUUCCGCCGACUGGGGGGCCAACCUGAGGUGGCGGCACGCGGCCCUGUGGGACGACAAGCUGUGA